AUUUUAAACAGCUGUUACAAGUUCAACCAAUCACAAAACCGUACACAUGGGCUGCCACAUUGUUGCUUUUAAUGAAUAACCGUUUUCCUCAAUUCAAACGAGUGCCAGCCCAGUGUCUUUCAUUAUCACACUUUAACCGCAGAAGAAACAGCGCAUUAAAAGAAAUGAAUAUCAUUUCCACAGACAAAGAAGAUACGGUUAAUGUUUUGAGGUUUCAUAAGGUAUGACUUCGAUAGUAAAUAAAAAUGAGAAUGCCUCGACAGCAUCAUCAACAUCCGAGCAGUCUAACAAUGAUAGUGAAUCAAGCGAAGAAAAUGGAAAGUGCUGCAAAUCGAAUGAUACAGGACCAGCGGAUACUACUGAAAACCCAAAAACCACUGGAAAAUCCUGCAAAAUUUCCAUAGAAGACCCUAAUCGGGGUAGCUACGCGGGUAAUAAAAAUGUUGCUGAAGGACUAAUGGAUAUAGCGUUGUUAUCGGCAAAUGCUAAUCAAUUGAGAUUUCUUAUAACUUAUAACCACGAUUCCUCAACUUAUUUCAUUAGUAUGGGUUUGGUAUCCCUCUCACUCAUAAUGCAGAUAACAGUUGGAAUAGCCCUUAUAUUCAAGCGCCGUUUCCGCCGCUGUCGCAGCAAGCGCUAUAACGAAUUCAUCUUGGGAGGCGUUUUUAUUAUUACUGUCAUCAAUAUCCUUUUGGCAGCCUUUACAACCACCAAUGAGAAUAAAUGAACUGGAACUGACAUUCGUUCGCCCAGCCAUCGGCUCUAUGCACCGAAACCACCCAGCUGGCUAAGUAUUUGGCAACCCCAACAGCAACAGUAAAAGUAACAAACUGAAAUUCCACACAGCUUUAAAUAAUAUAAAGUUUUUUUUAUUGUAUAAAUCACUUUUCAAAUACAAAAAAAAAUCACUAUUACAAUCUCUAA